ACUUCCUCUAGCUGCAGCCACCAGCUGAGUUCCUUAUUUGGGGCUUGGUGGAGCUGGGCACCAGGGUGUUGGUGACAGCGCUGAGGGGCCCCCUCACUGCCCCAUCAUGGUAUCUGCUCUCACUGUCCUCUUCAUCGGCUGCUGGCUGGCCGGGCAGAGCGAAGUGUCCAGAGAGCUCCCUGCACCCAGACCCUCCAUCUCCGUCAGCCCCAGCGGGGUGAUAGUCCCAGGGGCAGCCGUCACCAUCCGCUGUCAGUGCCGGAGCGAGGCCAGGAGGUUAUUUCUGUAUAAAGGUGAAAUCCAAAUCCAGGAGCUGGACGUUGCUGGGGACGGGGGUGAAUUCACCAUCCCCAGCGCCAGACAGGAAGACGCAGGGUUCUACAGCUGUAGAUCUCACUCCAGAUCGGAGCCGGAUCCCCGUGAUUACGUGCAGAUUGUUGUAGCAGAGCUCAGCUACCCCAAACCCUCCAUCUCCCUGAGCCCCCUCUGGGGAGUCGCCCUGGGGCGAACUGUGACCAUCCGGUGUGAGUGUCGAUGCCAAAAAGUGACGUUCCUCAUGUAUAAACUUGGAAACCCGGACGUACGGUGCUGGGCAGAGACUUCUGGGGAUGUGGCUGAGUUUACCAUCCACAACGUGAGCCGGAGACACACAGGGAGCUACAGCUGCCAAUAUAGCACCAAAUCGGACCUCUCUGUCUGGUCGCAUCCCAGCAACCCCGUGGAGCUGAUAGUAGCAGGGGGAACUGACCCGACUUGGCCAGGAACGGCGCCGGCUCCAACCCACCCAGGUGGCGCAAGUCCGGGUACCGGGGCUUAAGGCAGGAAAUCACCAUCAGCCCCCCCAGAAACAGAUUACAGCCGGGACAACAUUGUCCGUCUGGCUCUGGGCGCCGGGAUCCUGCUGGCCCUGGCGCUGAUCUUGGCCGAGGCUGCCCAUGGAUGGAGGAGGGGCAGACGCUAGCUCAUCUCUGGACCCCCCAGCGCUGCAGCCCGACUUGACUCGUCUAAAGGACUUUCUCCCGGAGAGGCCGGAGCCAGCCAGCCUGACUCUUGUUUAAGGACUUUUGUUUUCCCCUCUGCGAGCUGGAAGUUGUCCCAUUGCCGUGACCUGCAGCCCCCAGCCCGUCCACGGGGACAGCUGAUUAGCAGCGCCCCGAAGGCCCUGGAGAUCCUGUUCCCUUCCCUGGUUGUGCUGUUUUCCUCCCCACUGUGUCUUUUCUCCUCUCCUAGCUCACUCUCCUGGCUUUCCAUCGGGUGCUGCAGUCGGGUGUAUGGCACCAAUCCCACCUGCCCUGCCUAAGGAGAACGGACUCAAUGCGGGGCCGGUCCUACCCAGAUUGUCACCAUCCAGGGUCUGAGCAGCAGGGAUCAGGCUCACCUUGCAGCCAAAGCACUCGCUUGUCACUAACCCAAGUCCAGUGUCCAACACCAUCCCCAGAAGCCGUAUUUCACCCCCAUUUCCAUCCUGUCUCUCCCCCACCACCUGUCUCUCCGUUUGCUAACGUAAGGGGACUGUUGGCCCCUCACUGACGCUUAGUGGGUUUUUAGGCCCUCUCGCAGUACUAAAGAAAGGUACUGAGCUAAGAUUUCCCAAACACUUCAACCAAAACACAGUGGUUUAGGUCAAAUAUAGAACAGAUUUAUUAACCCCAGAAGGAGAGAUUUUAAGUGGCUAUAAGAAGCGGGUGCAGAGAUGUUACUUAAGAA